GAACCUAGCCACAGCCGCACCCAAUCUCUCAUUCAUUGAACCCUAAUACAUACAUACAACCCUCAUAUAACGCACUCACCCUUCCUUCCCCACAAAAAUAAUUCUAUUUUCUUUUGUUUCAUCUAUAUUGUCAUCAUCACUAUAUUUUUUUUUUUGCUUCCUAGUGAUCUCCUUUAAAUUACAGUUUUCUUCAUAUACACAUAUUUAACAUAUACACAAAUUUGCAUCUGCAACAAGGUUUUGAAGGUUAGUUGAGUUUGUGUUUUUGGAUUGUUGGAUCACAGUAAGUUCACUUUAUUUGUUGAAAUAAUAUAGUAUCAAUGGGGAAAAAGAAGGGUGCCGGUCGUGAAGAGGACGGUGCUGUGGGUAAGUCUAGAAAGAAAGCUGUAGUGAUUGAUGAUGAUGAGUAUUCGAUUGGGACGGAAUUGUCAGAAGAGAAACCGGUUCAGGAAGAGGAGCCUGUGGUGCUGGUUGGUGGUAAGAAGAAGGGUAAGAAAGGGAACAAGAAGAGUUUGAAAACGGAUGAGGAUGAAGAGGAUGGUAAUGGUAAUGAGGAGAUUAAGUUUAUGGGGAAGAAGAAAAGUAAAGGGAAGGAGAAACAGGCUGGGAGCUCGUUUGGAGCUUCUGCUUUUGCUUUGCUUGGUGAUGAAGAUGAUGUUGACGAGAUAUCGGAUGUUACCAAGGAUAAGGAUGGUAGUGAGGAUGAGGAUGUUAGUGUUGUGUUUAGUGGAAAGAAGUCAUCAAAUUCAAAAAAGGGCAGUAGUUUGUUUACUGGUUCGGCGUUUGGUGCUAUUAGGGAUGAUGAUGAUGAUGAUGGAGAGUUGGUUGAGAGGUCAGAAUCGAAACUAGAAACGGAGGAUGAAGAUGAUGAGCCUGUUAUUUCUUUUACGGGGAAGAAGAAAUCCUCCAAGGGUAAUAAGAAGACAAAGAGUAGUGUCUUUGCAGCCCUUGACGAUGAAGAGAAUGAGAAAGAAAGUGCAGGGGAUGAUGAUGCACCCAUUUCCUUUACAGCGAAGAAAAAGAAGUCUAACAAGAAAAACGUUCUAUCUGAUAAUGAAGAUGUCUCAGUUUCAGGAUUAAGUGUGGAUGAUGUUGCUGAGGGUGAUGGAGAGGAUUCUUCCACGAUUAAGUUUUCUGGUAAAAAGAAGUCAUCCAAGAAGAAAAAUGGGAGUGCAGUUAACACAAUUGAGGACUAUGAACAGCCUAGUACCAGCAUUACUGGUAGCAAAGAACCUGAAGUCCAAGAAACUUCAAAAAACAAAAAAAAGAAAAAGAAAAGUGGAAGAACUGCCCAAGAAGAGGAUGAUCUUGACAAAAUUCUUGCUGAACUUGGUGAAGCUCCUGCUCCUGCUCAGCCUUCUGCUUCUGCUAGUGUGGAACAGCUACAAGAGAAGGUUCAAACUGAGGCUGAACCAGCCACGGGAGCGGAUGAAGGUGUAGAAAAGGAUGCAACUGAAGAAGUGGUAGAGUCUGCAGCAGCGAAAAAGAAGAAGAAGAAAAAGGAAAAGGAAAAAGAGAAGAAGGCUGCGGCUGCAGCUCCUGCUGUUGAAGAAAAAGCUGCAGAUUCGAAGGGUAAGGUACCGGAUAAGAAGGUCCCGAAACAUGUGAGAGAAAUGCAAGAGAGACUUGCAAGGCUUAAAGAAGCAGAGGAAAAGCAGAAAAGGGACGAAGAAGAGAAGCAAAGGAAGGAAGAAGAAGAGCGUUUGAGAAUAGCAGAAGAGGAGAAGAAGGCCGAAGACAAAAAACGCUUGAAAAAGGAAAGAGAGAGGGAAAAGUUGUUGAAGAAGAAACAAGAAGGGAAACCUUUGACAGCUAAGCAGAAGGCAGAUGCCCAAAGAUUGGAUCUAAUGAGGAAACAAAUCCUUGAAAAAGCUGGUGGCUUGCCUCAACCAAGUGGAGAGGUUAGUACUGCACUCCCAAAACGGCCCAGGUACACAUCAAAAAAACCGAAGCCAAAUCAGCAGGCAUACGGUAAAGCUCCUUCCGCCACUGAAAACCAGGAGGAUAAUGUCUCUGAGUUGGGUUCCGUAGAUACCGAGAAGGCGGACGAUGAGGAAAUGGUAGUUGUGGGGGAGAAAACUGAGGCUGCUGCAGUUGAAGAGAAUGGGGACAAAGAAGACGAUGAGUCAGACGAUGAAUGGGAUGCAAAGAGUUGGGAUGAUGCUGAUAUCAAAUUGCCGGGCAUUAGCGCAUUUGCUGAUGAGGAACCUACUGAACCUGAAACCAAACUCAAACCUAAAUCCGAAGCUGUUGUUAAAAAGGAGGAGACUGAGAGUUUUCAAAAUAAUACCGUGGUAGGUCUAAAUCUCGAGGGUAAGGAAAGUCGGCCUGUGACAGUAGUUGCAAACAAAGGUAGACAAGAUGCCAAGGGUAAAAAGAAAGAGAAGGAAGAGGAGGAAGAAGGCGGUGAAAAGACAUUGCGGUCUCCAAUUUGCUGCAUCAUGGGUCAUGUUGAUACUGGGAAGACCAAGUUGCUUGAUUGUAUUCGAAGGACUAAUGUUCAGGAAGGUGAGGCUGGAGGAAUCACCCAACAAAUUGGUGCUACUUACAUUCCAGCUGAGAAUAUCCGUGACAGAACAAAGGACUUGAAAGCUGAUGCUGUACUCAACGUUCCUGGUUUAUUGGUUAUAGAUACACCUGGGCACGAGUCUUUCAAGAAUUUAAGGUCUCGGGGUUCUGGCUUAUGUGAUAUUGCCAUUUUGGUUGUUGACAUUAUGCAUGGCUUAGAACCACAAACCAUUGAAUCACUAAACCUAUUGAGAAUGCGGAACACCGAGUUUAUUGUGGCCUUGAAUAAGGUUGACAGAUUAUAUGGCUGGAAAACUUGCCGAAACGCACCAAUUGGUAAGGCCUUGAAGCAACAGUCAAAGGAUGUCCUACUUGAAUUCGAUCACAGAGUCACUCAGAUAAUCACACAAUUUAAGGAGCAAGGAUUGAAUACAGAAUUGUACAACAAGAACAAAGAUAGGGGGGAAACUUACAGUAUUGUGCCUACUAGCGCAAUCAGUGGUGAAGGCAUACCAGAAAUGCUGUUACUGCUUGUCCAAUGGGCUCAGAAGACAAUGAUUGAAAAACUUACAUACAGCAGUGACAUUCAGUGUACGGUGUUGGAGGUUAAAGUCAUAGAAGGACUUGGAACAACCAUCGACGUGGUAUUGGUUAAUGGCGUGCUUCAUGAAGGAGAUGAGAUUGUUGUUUGUGGCUUCCAGGGACCGAUUCACACUACAAUCCGGUCAUUGCUAACUCCCCAUCCAAUGAAGGAACUCCGAGUAAAGGGAGCCUACAUUCAUCACAAAGAAAUUAAAGCUGCACAAGGGAUUAAAAUUACUGCGCAGAAUCUUGAGCAUGCAGUGGCGGGAACUGCCCUUUAUGUGAUAGGGGAAGAUGAUGAUGUGGAAGAAGUCAAAGAAUCAGUGAUGGACGAUAUGCGGAAUGUCAUGAGUAGGAUUGAUAAAAGUGGCGAAGGGGUUUAUGUCCAAGCGUCUACUCUAGGAUCAUUAGAAGCAUUACUCGAGUUUCUAAAAACUCCAGCAGUAAACAUACCUGUUAGUGGUAUAGGCAUAGGUCCCGUGCAUAAGAAAGACGUCAUGAAGGCUAGUGUAAUGUUAGAAAAGAAAAAAGAGUUCGCAACCAUCUUAGCUUUUGAUGUCAAAGUGACCCCAGAGGCCCGGGAACAUGCAGAUGAUCUUGGUGUAAAAAUCUUCAUUGCUGAUAUCAUUUACCAUUUGUUUGAUCAAUUUAAGGCGUAUAUUGAUAAUCUUAAGGAAGAAAAGAAGAGAGAAGCUGCCGAAGAUGCCGUGUUUCCAUGUGUCCUUCAAAUCAUGCCAAACUGCGUGUUCAACAAGAAGGAUCCAAUAAUUCUUGGUGUGGAUGUUAUCGAGGGCAUUCUUAAGAUUGGAACUCCAAUUUGCAUUCCUCAAAGGGAAUUCAUUGAUAUUGGUCGGAUAUCUUCCAUUGAAAAUAACCACAAGCCAGUCGACUAUGCGAAGAAAGGUCAGAAGGUGGCUAUAAAGAUAACAGGAAGCAAUGCGGAAGAGCAACAGAAAAUGUUUGGGAGGCAUUUUGAAAUGGAGGAUGAGCUUGUUAGUCAUAUAUCAAGGAGUUCAAUCGAUGUACUAAAGGCCAAUUAUCGGGAUGAGUUGUCCAAUGAAGAAUGGAAGCUUGUCGUCAAACUAAAACACCUUUUCAAAAUACAAUGAGCUUGAUAGGUGUACUGGCGGUAUUUCAUGUCCUUUUUUGGGGAUCAAAGGGGCAGCGGCUAAAGUAAAAAAAGAGAUGUUCAGUUUAAAACCACCAAGUGAUGAGCCCGUCAAUUUUCUUCCGUGGUGCGGAAAGACCUUUUGUCAAGAAAUUCUGAUGCAGGUUUGCCAGAUUCUCUAAAUUCGAUUAUGUUGAAAUUUAAGAAAGAAUCGGUGUUGCAACUCUUAAAAAUGACUAAAGUGGAAGGAUUCAAGUUUCUGAUGUGGCAAACUUUUUUGGAUUUUCAUAUCUGUGAUUUGAUUUUGGUCUUGGUGAAAAGCUAUUCGUCAACUUCUAAGUCCAUAAGGUUAGGGAGAUGUACUUCUGUUUUGAGAUGUGUAUUUUUCCCAAAAGCCACGUUUGCUGGUGAAUAGAUCCGGUUGAGAAGUUUCGCCUUCUAACUCUAAAAACCCUUUCUUUUUGCAUUCCAAGAGGUGAAGAGGAUAUAUUAUAUAUAUACUUACCACAUGGUACAACCUGUGUUGCAAAA